AUGCCCCCCGUGCUCCCCUCCGGGCAACGGGCCCGGCCCCCCAAUGCCCCCCGUGCUCCCCUCCGGGCAACGGGCCCGGCCCCCCGAGGCCCCCCGUGCUCCCCUCCGGGCAACGGGCCCGGCCCCCCAAUGCCCCCCGUGUCCCCCCCCGGCAACGGGCCCGGCCCCCCGAGGCCCCCCGUGCUCCCUCUGGGCAACGGGCCCGGCCCCCCAAUGCCCCCCGUGUCCCCCCCCCGGCAACGGGCCCGGCCCCCCAAUGCCCCCCGUGUCCCCCCCCGGCAACGGGCCCGGCCCCCCAAUGCCCCCCGUGCCUCCCUCCGGGCAACGGGCCCGGCCCCCCGAGUCCCCCGUGCUCCCCUCCGGGCAACGGUCCCGGCCCCCCAAUGCCCCCCGUGCUCCCCUCCGGGCAACGGGCCCGGCCCCCCGAGGCCCCCCGUGUCCCCCCCCGACAACGGGCCCGGCCCCCCGAGGCCCCCCGUGCUCCCUCUGGGCAACGGGCCCGGCCCCCCAAUGCCCCCCGUGUCCCCCCCCCGGCAACGGGCCCGGCCCCCCAAUGCCCCCCGUGUCCCCCCCCGGCAACGGGCCCGGCCCCCCAAUGCCCCCCGUGUCCCCCCCCGGCAACGGGCCCGGCCCCCCAAUGCCCCCCGUGUCCCCCCCCGGCAACGGGCCCGGCCCCCCAAUGCCCCCCGUGUCCCCCCCCGGCAACGGGCCCGGCCCCCCAAUGCCCCCCGUGCCUCCCUCCGGGCAACGGGCCCGGCCCCCCAAUGCCCUCCGUGUCCCCUUCCGGGCAACGGGCCCGGCCCCCCGACGCCCCCCGUGCCUCCCUCCGGGCAACGGGCCUGGCCCCCCAAUGCCCCCCGUGCUCCCCCCCGGCAACGGGCCCGGCCCCCCAAUGCCCCCCGUGUCCCCCCCCGGCAACGGGCCCGGCCCCCCAAUGCCCCCCGUGUCCCCCCCCGGCAACGGGCCUGGCCCCCCAAUGCCCCCCGUGCCUCCCUCCGGGUAUAG